UUCUCCGAUCUCUGUUGACACCGGCCAUUCAGCAGAUCCCCACAGAGCAGCCUCGACUGCCGGAUUCACAGACCCCAGCUCCCCUCAGUUCCUGUUUCCGCCGCAGCCGUCCUACUCAGUUUUGUGGAGCAACACGUCUCGGCUGUCUGCUGCUUCAGGACCCAGCCUCCGCAGCUCGGGUCGGGUGCCUCUGGAAGCCGGCGUAUCAAGUCAAGGAUGCAACUUGAAUAAAACAUAUCCUGUGGGAGUGGAAGGACACAGAAAGGUGGUGUUGGACGACCUUGUCAACAGGGAUCUGGGUGGAGGAGAGAAGAUACCAAUCAGGCUGUGAAAACUCAGACUUUUGAGCAUAUUAGCCAAUCAUGCUUUAGCACAGAGGAGAGGCUGGUUUAUUGGCGGAGAAGCACCCACUGUAUUUUUACCAAACACUCCUUGGUCAUAAACAGACACAUUUCCCAUCUGUCAUUUCCCAUACCUGCCGAGAUGUCAAUGCCACUGUGGCAUUUGUGGUGACAGAGCACAAAGUGCGUGUGCGCAUCCGGCUGGGAGGCCGGCGGUUCGGUGGGUGUACAGGCACACCUAGAGGCAUUUUUGGGUCGCGUUGCUGAAACAUGCGGCCCUGGGCGGGUUCAUGGCGUUGGAUUACCCUGGUGCUUUUGGCCUGGGGAACACUCCUCUUCUACAUUGGUGGUCACUUGGUGAGGGACAGCGAGCAUCCGGAGCGGUCCAGCCGGGAGCUCUCCAAGAUCUUGGCCAAGUUGGAGCGACUCAAGCAGCAGAACGAGGACCUGCGGCGCAUGGCCGAAUCGCUCAGGAUACCAGAGGGUCAAGCCGAUGCCGGGUCCUUGGCAGCAGGAAGGCUGCGCUCCCUGGAGGACCAACUAACCAGAGCCAAACAGAAGAUCCACAGCUUCCAGAAACUUACUGGAGAUGGUCCCGGGCCCACUCAGGAGGAGCUGCGGCGGAGGGUGGAGAAUGGGGUUAAGGAGUUCUGGUACUUUGUCCGCAGCGAGGUGAAGAAACUGGCCAAUGUUGAGCCCAGCGAGAGGCAGAAGUACGCUGACACACUCCUGCAGGACCUGGGACACCAGGAGAGGUCCAUCAUGACAGACUUGUACUACCUCAGCCAGGCAGAUGGAAUUGGUGAAUGGAGAAUGAAGGAGGCUAAAGACCUGUCGGAUCUAGUCCAAAACAGAAUCACCUAUCUACAGAACCCCCCAGACUGCAGUAAGGCGAGAAAGCUGGUGUGUAACAUCAAUAAGGGCUGUGGUUACGGCUGCCAGCUCCACCAUGUCGUCUACUGCUUCAUGAUCGCUUAUGGCACCCAGCGCACGCUCAUUCUGGAGUCUCACAACUGGCGCUAUGCUCCCGGCGGCUGGGAAACAGUCUUUCUGCCCGUCAGUAACACCUGCACUGACCGCUCUGGGGCCACCACUGGACACUGGUCAGGUGAGGCCCAUGAUAAGGACGUCCAAGUUGUGGAGCUGCCCAUAGUGGACAGUCUCCACCCUCGCCCUCCAUACCUGCCCCUUGCGAUCCCCGAGGACCUGGCCCCACGCUUGCAGCGUCUGCACGGCGACCCGUCUGUAUGGUGGGUGUCCCAGUUUGUCAAGUACCUGGUGCGUCCUCAGGCGUGGCUUGAGAAGGAGAUCCAGCAGACCACUGCCAAGCUGGGCUUCAAACACCCCAUAAUUGGAGUCCAUGUGAGGAGGACAGAUAAAGUGGGGACUGAGGCAGCCUUCCACCCCAUAGAGGAGUACAUGCUGCAUGUGGAGGAGCAGUUCCAACAUCUGGCCAGGCGUGUUCAUGUCGACAAGAAACGGGUUUACCUAGCUACCGAUGACCCAUCUUUGCUGCAAGAAGCUAAGACCAAGUACCCAGACUAUGAGUUCAUUAGCGAUAACUCCAUCUCGUGGUCGGCCGGCCUCCACAACCGCUACACCGAGAACUCUCUUAGAGGAGUCAUUCUUGACAUCCACUUCCUCUCCCAAACCGACUUCUUGGUCUGCACUUUCUCUUCGCAGGUCUGCCGUGUGGCUUAUGAGAUUAUGCAGACACUGCAUCCAGACGCCUCCUCCUUCUUCUACUCUCUGGAUGACAUCUACUACUUCGGAGGUCAAAACGCCCACAAUCAGAUUGCCGUCUACCCCCACCAGCCCCGCAAUAGCGAGGACAUUCCCCUGGAGCCCGGCGACGUGAUCGGCGUGGCCGGGAACCACUGGGACGGCUACUCCAAAGGCAUCAACCGCAAACUGGGCCGCACCGGCCUCUACCCUUCCUACAAGGUCAGAGAGAAAAUCGAGACCGUGAAGUACCCGACGUACCCUGAGGCAGACAAACUGCUCAACUCUCAAAAUAAGUAAAAGAAGAAAUGAUUGAAAAAAAAUUAAGAGAAGGAGUGAGGAAAAAAAACAUGUAGUCUCCGAUUCCAGAGAAGGAGGCUGCUUUUGUACAGAAGAGAGAGGCGUACUUAGUGCGCUAAGCUGAGAAGAAAAGAGGAAGCCUGUACCCAGGGGUGAUAGGAAUGCGAAUGCACUCUGUGUGUUAAUGCGUGAGCGUGAAUGUGUGUGUAUGUGGGAGAGAACGCGUGUGCGCACUUGUGUAAAUGCCUGUGCAUAUGUCAGGUCAUGGAAGACUUGCACCCUACCACUACUCCCCCGCCUGACGUUCUGAUAUCGGGUCCGUAGACAUUUAGACGUGAACAUUGAUUUUAAAUAAAGCAAGAAAACAAUUAAAAAUCUACACAACCGACCGAGCUGUCUCUCUCCCGAGACGGCGCCGGGACUACUGUAGAGUGAGCUUCGAAUCAAUGACUGAGGAGGAAAAAAAUGACAAACUGGAAAAGAAGUGUUUUGAUU